AGUACUGUAUGCCUUCCAAGGCCUAUUUCGGAGCCUUAUUGAAGAAAGCUUAUUUGUGUUUUAAUAAUGCAAGUUCUGACUAGUAUAUCGGAUAAUUCUGACUGUAGAGGAAUGACUUUGAUCCUUUUGAGUACUGGUUUCAAUGGUCGCCGCUAUUUCUGUUCUCGACAACUUUCUGGACUGAGUGCCAAGCCCCCACUGACAUUCACGAGGUGCGAGUGCCGCGUCCGACAAUCAAAUUUGAUUCUGGGCAUCAGCUUUGGAAGAUAAGGCAUUUCGAGCUCUCCACAUAUUCCAUAAAACUCCGGCUACCUGCUCUCUUGACUCUUCUUGCUGAGAGAGAGAGCUCCGUCACCGGGAACCAUGGGGUUCUUCGACCUGAACAUCCCCUAUGACGCCUCUUCUUCACUGUCCGACAAGGCCAACCGCGUCAGAAUCGCAACCAAGGUGAUGGAGCUCGGCUACGACGGCAUUGCCUACAACCGCUCGAUGAGGGGCGUCAUGUCCGAUCGCGACCACUGCUCCAUCCCUCUCCUCUCCCUCUCCACGCUCCUCAAGGCCGCCCCCUCGCUCUCCUCGUCUGUCUCCCUCCACCGCGGCCUUCUCGGCCUCCCCCUUGCCUCCACCUUCCGCCAGUACACGCGCCUCACCGUCUUCGCCGAGACCGUCUCCCAGGCUCAGGUCCUGAACUCCGCUAAUCCUGUUCUUAAGAGCUACAACUUGGUCGCCGUCAGGCCUUUGAACCAAGCCACCUUCGAUCACGCUUGUGAGAAAUCCGAGGUAGAUAUAAUUGCCAUUGAUUUCUCAGAGAAGCUGCCCUUUCGCUUGAAGCUCCCCAUGGUUAAAACUGCUGUUGAGCGAGGACUUUAUUUUGAGAUCUCGUACUCGAGUCUCAUCUCAGACCCUCAGAUGAGGAGACAAGUGAUAUCUACUGCUAAGCUAAUGGUGGAUUGGACGCGUGGAAAAAAUCUUAUUAUCACAAGUGCUGCAUCUUCUGUCAAUGAUAUUAGAGGGCCUUAUGAUGUUGCAAAUGUGUCUUCCUUGCUUGGUAUUUCCAUGGAACAAGGGAAAGCUUCUAUCUCCAAGAAUUGUAGGGCUCUUAUUGCAAAUGCUUUAAAGAAGAAGAAAUUCUUCAAGGAGACCAUCAGAGUUGAGGCCAUGUCAUCAUCCGAAAGAUUAGGCUCUGAGGAACUCUGGUCUGGCGACCUGCUUAAGUGGGAUCCUCUCUCUAGUGGUGAUGGUGAUAUGCUUUUAGAUGACUUAGAAAAGUCCUUCUCUAUAUCAGAUAACGUGUUAGGAACGGUGAAGGCAAUUGAUUUCAAUCCAAUUAUCGACAGCAUGUCAUCAAAAGGUUUUCAAGUUAAGGAUUUGACAUAUGGAAAUAAGGCGGCUCAACUUUCAUCAGUUGAGAGUAAAAUUUUGCAUUGCACUUCUCAGGUAGUGGGCUCAUUUGCCAGGGAUAAUGAAAAUUUAGAUCCGGUGAAGCUUGACGGAGUGAAUAUACUUUCUAAACAGAAUCAGAGUCCAUUGUUUGGUACAUCCACACUGCAUCAAAUGCCCAGCAAUGAAGUUUCUGAGAAACCAGUUCUGCUGAGUGAAGCUGUUGAUAUUACAGAAGACAGAGAGGGGAUUGGUUCGACAAAAGGCGAAAGUUUAGAUGCAAAUGUAUUAAAAGGGUUUGUUAACUCAAACCAAUUUGAUUUAGUUAGGUUGGAAUCAUCACAACCUGCCUCACCCGAUCAAUCUGAUUUGGCCUUAUGGCAUGAAAAUGCUGUAUCUGAGGUGCCAGUGAGGGAUGCUGGUUUACAGGCUCCUUGUUGUGAUGACAGUAAGUUUGCUGUUUCCACUCCAUCUAUAUUGGAUACCAUUGUGGCUGCCUCUCUGAAUAGAGGGGUGCCUAAGGACUCAGAUAGCUGUGCAGUGCGGAAUGGUGAUCCUUUGGAAAAAGACCAGUGUCGGGAUUUAAAAAGUGCUGAGGCAUAUUUUGGUAUACAUUGUGCUACGGAUGAAAAAACCAUGGAGAAACUGGAUUCAAAUCCUCAAGAAGAGUUAUUUUUGGUCUCUGAUAAUUUGCCUUAUUGUGAAGAUGUUUUGGAGUCUAGACGAGUAAGGGAACAUAGAGAUGAUGCGACCUUAUGUGUAGAAGUACAUUCUUCAAAAUGUGAUGAUUCUAUGGAAUUAAAUGAUGAACCAGAGAAUGAUGAGUCAUGGGAGGGGGUUGCUGUGGAAUCUCAGACACUUGUACAGGGGGAUGCAGUAAUUUCUCAGCCUAAUAUGAAUUUAAUGUCAUCAGAUGAGGGCAGAACAAGGCUAAAGCCACGCCGUCGAUCUGUUGCUUUUCCACUCAAGCGUCUGUUGAGUCCUAUUCUUUUCAAGAAGAAAGCUCGAAAACACCGGAGAAAGUUCUAAAACGUUAGCAGACUCGCACGACAAAGACAAGCUUCGUUCUGGAUGGCUAUUGGCAGAAAGAGAUGGCUUAUGUUAGAGAUGGCAUAUUUAUGUCUAGAACGUUGAGCAGAGGCUUUGCAGCUUUGCCUAUUUUUUGCUGCGGUCUUUGCGUAUUGGUUUUGGCAAUUUUAUGUAUUGUUAACAUAAUUUUUUGGCAAUUGCACUCUAUUUUUGACAGAAAUAGAAUAUGCCAACAACCUCAAUGUAAACAAGUAAGCUGUGCUUCCUACUUGAGCUUCAUAGAUUAUCUAAUCAAUAAUUGUCACUUUGCUGCUACAAA